UCCACUUUCUCAGUGUCCGUGGCAGAGAUCGGGUCGCUUCGCUCACGUCGAAGCUCGCCGCGCAUCUCAGCAACCACGUGGGGACGCGAUAAUCCCUCGCGAAUUAUGCGGGAGGGUGUUGAGUAGCAGGUCGGGGUGUAGCGAUUACUACCGGGAUGUCAGCGAGAUACGGAUUGACAUGGGAGCCGGCGACAUGAACAGGGAGAUACCGAGCAGCACCCUCGCGACACUCCGGGGGAUCCUGGUGAGCUCGUUGUCGCGGGAGAACUUGGGCCCGCACGAUCUGCCCAUUCAGGAGAACGGGAGGCAUCGACCCCAGAGGAAGGUGCACUUUCACGAAGCUGGAGCCGCUUCUGAGGAAACUAACCAAAGGUCCAGUUCUGCACACAAUCGCCACUCUCUCACGAAGGAUGUGAAGCGACGCCGAAGUCUCUACGACGAGGACUCCCUCAACGGCGAUCCGCCUAGCGAGAGCGAAGGACGGGAGUCGACGGGAAACACGAAAGACGUGGACAGGGCGAAGCUUGUCCGCGAGAGACAGAACGAGGAACGGCAACGGAAGUUGGAAGAGCUGAGACAGCAGGCCCUAGCCGCGCAACGCUUCCGGGAGCAGCGGGAGGAGGAACGCCGAAGGCGCAUCGACGAGCUCAGAUCGCGUGACAACGACAGAAGAAACCAAGUCGAAGAGCGAAAACGGUUGAUAUGCGAGGCGGAGAGGGAAAGACGGGAGGCCAUCCUUCGGAAGAACCAGGAGAGAGAGGCGCGCAUAGAGGCGAAGAAGAAGAACGAGAGGUCGCACAUUGUAUUCGCGUUCGGAAGUUCUACGCCAAGGAUGCUGGAGCCUGCCGACACCGGUGGCUCUACUUUCUGGGGAACCCGUAGAGCAACAUCUACCACCAACGUGAUGAUGUUCUCGGCCGCUCAGCCAUUGACGAGGAGAUCCUCCGAAAGGGAGCUCGAUGGCAGCAAGAAACGGGCCACUUCCGCCGGUGGGCUUGACCGGAAACCUGGCGAAGAUAUGAGAAUGUCCUCGUCCAUGUACGAGGUGUUCAAUUGGAAUUCUAGCCCCGAUCCUCCCUUAACCCCCGCCAAACAUAAGAGAGCCAGCCUCUCUCUGCCUCCUACAACUGACAUCUUUGCCAUCGAUGAUAAGUCUGAUAACGACACUAGGCGUCCGAUGAUUCAGCGGGCUGCCAGUGGUGAAGAAACCGACGGAACGCCAGGAACACCUAGCUCGGUUUAUCUGCGCGUGAACAGAAGACGCACCGAUCUGAUGCCGACGAUACCGUCGCCACGUGACGGGCCGCCGUCCUCCGGGCGAAGUUCCAGCGCUAAAGCCUUCACACGCUCGCCAGGUAGGACUUACUCGAUGUCCAGGCUGGACCAGCUCGCGCAGCCUAGGAAACGUCCGCCGACCGAACUUAGCACGCUGACGGAACAGCAAAGCCAGCCUCUGAGCGCUUCUAGCAUGAGUCGCAGCAUGUCGCACUUAGCUGCGUCCGGCGGCAAGAGCCUAAAACGCUCAGAUAACUCGCGUAGCAUGGGCACCCUGCCGGGCGCGGUACCGGUGCCGAGACCGACCAGAGCCGAGAGACUCCGUCGCAAGGCACGCGAGCAUCAGAGCCAACAGCAGCAAGGGAUCCGCAGCGGGGAGGUGACACCGAACAGCCCAUCACGACCGCACAGCUCCAUGAGCCAGCAAAGCGCCAGCAGUGUGGGCAGCAGUAACGUCAAUCUGCGUCCCCGUACGACUACCCCGCGUCGGCCGCGACCUGCUUCUAUUGCCGGUACCGGUGUUUCGGUCACAGAACGACACAAUCUGUCCGGUGACGCGAGACUGACAAAGGAUUCGAAGCCGCCACUGCCAAAGGUCCACAGCACUCCAAAGAAAUCUUCCACUCCGAAGACCAGCGAGAUCAAGAAACCGACCGAAAAGUUAAUAAAGAACGCGAAAGCGUCACCCCGGAUAACUCCCAAAGCGACACCGUUGCAGAGUCCAGGUGUCGAGAAUGAGCCGUUCAUACGCGAGGGCACCGGUGAGAUAAUAAAGAACGAGGUGAAGGAGGAGAUGAAGGCGGAGGAGAAACACGAGGAGAAGAAAGACCAGGGCACGGAAAAGACACAACAAGAAAUAAGCGCCGCCGAACAGGGUAACGAAGAAGUGAAGAAACUGGUCAUCAUCGAACACUCCGAUCCCGUACCGGUGUCCAAGCAGGCGAAGGACGAGAGCAAUUUGAAUCAGGAGAACCAGACCGCUGCACCGCCGCCUCCAGACACGCCCAAGAAAAAGGAAGACAAAGACAAACAGGAGAAGAAGUUGGCGGAGAUUGAAGCUAAAUCGGAGAACAAUGUCGAGGAACAAAUCGACAUGUCGGCCUCGAUGAUAGCGAAGAUUAGGAUUACCACGGAGGAGGAGGCCAAGGCAGCCAUUGCGGAACGCAGGAGAUUAGCCAGAGAACAGGCGGAACGGGAAGCUGAACUGGAACGUCAACGGCAGGAGGAAGAAGCACGGUUGGAGGCUGAAAGGCUGCGCGCCGAGGAAGAGGAACAACGACGUUUGGAGGAGGAGUCGCUUCGUUUGGCCAACGAGGCCCGAGAGGCCGAGGAACAGAGACUGAGAUUGGCGAUCGAGGAGGCGAAACGUCGCGAGGAAGAGGACAGGAGAAAAAGAGAAGAAGAGGCUCGUCAGAAACAAGAGAAGGAAGAGGCUGAACGGAAGGCGAGGGAAGAGUCUGAAAGACAACGGAUCGAAAUGGUCGAACGUCUCAAAAAAGAGGAAGAAGAGAGACUUGCCAGACGUAAACGCGUCGAGGCGAUUAUGCUUAGAACUCGGGGGAAAAAUCAGAGCAACACGCCUACAAAGGGUGAAGGUGGUGACGGGGAUAAGUUGAAAGAAGACAGUCCAAACGAUGAGAACAAACCAAUACCGGGUAACAAAGGUGAGGACGUAAUGACGGCCAGUCUGAUAUCCGAGGCGACCCAGCAGUUCAUUAGCGGGGAGCAACGGGCUCAUCACACGGAGAACAACACGAAAACGGACAUUGUGCAUAACGGCACGCAUAGUAAUGGCAUUAAUGAAAGUAAAAUUGUAUUGGAUAAUAAUCAGGGUAACGUGGAGGGAGAACUGAACGGUCAUCAUACGAAUCACGGAAACGGUAUCAACAGUCAAUCAAUUACACUGGAUAAUGCCACCGUCAAACAAAACAACGUGACCAACAACCUGUUAGACCUAACGGAAUUCGACUCUCUCAGUAAUAGCAGUAGUGGCCCAAUACUUCAACUGACCAGCAAUCUGGCCAACGAGGACAACCUCAACUCAAACCUAAAUCCAACAGCUAUACCCUUCACUCCAAUGGCCAACGCGUACAUGCCAACCGCUGCUAACGCCAAUGUAAAUCCGUUCCAGGAUUCUUUUAUAAACAACAAACCGCAAGAUAAUAGUCAACUACCAGAUCUUUUAUCAUAAUGCGCGUAUUAAACAUUCUGGUGAAACGGAGGAAGAGACAGACAGAGUUUGGAUUCGAAAAAAAAGAAUACCGUGUUGUUGCUUCCAGCAAGCGAUACAGGUACACACGAUUAAUAAUAAUAACGUUCGAAACGACGUCCGUUUAUGAGAAUAAUGUAAAUAAGCGCUAUCAAUGUGUAGAAACGGAGAUCUAAGUAGAGAAAUCGGGGGCACUACGUCAAAUGAACGAGAAAGACUACCGAUGUCCUUUAAACGUUGUCACGAGAAAUUGUAAAAUAAUAUAUAAUGUUAAUUAAUAAUAUUACGCAAUCAGCAAAUAGGCUCUCAGUCCGUUAUAGUAUGCUGUUAGGAUAUAAAUCGAAUGUUUCGGAGGACCUUUCAUGGGUGAUAAAGGCCUGUUUAUAUAAAACGUGAAUUAUGAUUUGACGAACCACUCGUAGAGGUUUCUGUUGUAUCAGAAUAUCAUUGUUUCAAUUAUAUACAUACACGUUUUCCGUCGCGCGGUACUCUGUAACGACGUUUUGCGAUUUCUUUUUCUCGUUUUGCGAAUGUCUUUUAUGUUUUUUCUUUUUCUAAACGUGGGUGGAAAAUUGUGACGAAAUCAAGAUUUUACGAAACCGAUCAAGCGAAUCGAUGGAUUCGCGAUUUGUAUACGUGGACGAAUGUGUAAAGCGGCUUGACAAACAUAGCACAAGAUUGUGAAUUGGUUUUAAAUGAUAUAUACAUAUUAUAUAAAAAGAAACGGAUAACUUGCGAAACUGUAUCUGCCAAAAUGACGUAGGAGGUAAGCUCCAAUGAUUGUCCUUACAUAAGAGAUAGUAAUAAUAUUACCUUAUAGAAUUUGAAUAGAGAAAGGAAAUCUAUGUAUAAUCAUAUCUAGUUAAGAUCCUCUGCAGAUAUGAUGAAAAAAAAACGGGAAAAAAAAACAUUUCUUCCAUACUACAUUUUUGGGGCGUGCGCUCACUAGUCAAGCAAUUUUACUGUUUUUAUCGUAUAUUUUUUUCUGUCUCUGUGUUUAUUAUUUUUUUUUUUUUUUAAUAGAAAACUCAUCUUAAUAUUGGUACUCUAGGUAUCCAACUAGAUUUUCAUUUUACUGUUACGUUUCUCGCGGAUCUAAUAUAAAUUUUCUAGCUGUGAUGAUGACGAGGAUGGCGAUUAUUGCUUUGUGAAAUAGCCACUGCAUUACGUUCGCGGAAUAAACGGGGCACGAUAUAGCUACUUGGUUACUUUUUGUUUGUACAUGAGCUCCCCCUUCUUCUCGCCGGUCACACGGUUAGUCGAUGUUACGCGAUCACCGGGGGUCCCGAUUACGUUGUUCGAUCACGGUUAAUCACCGGUUCGUGUGAUCAUGCAAAUUCUAGGCGCAAAGGUAGGCCCACACCGGCAUCUAUCCCAUGGACAUCGUGUUGCCGAUAAUUACAAGGUCACGUUGCGUUACUACCAGCGGUGGCUAUUCAUUAAAUAAGCGGUAUCAUACUAGUAUACAGAUAGAGAACGAUAAUUUUAAACGCCUGAUGUUAUUCAGCAAACGAUUGUAAUUGGUGUCUAAGACAUGAGUUGUUUCUUACUAUUGUGGCAUACUGUUGUAAACAAAAAAAAUGGAUAUCUUUAGCACGCUUUGUGUGUUCACACCUCAUUUGAUCGCGGUUACAUAAAUACCGGUCGACCAACGAGAUUCUUCAUAUCGAGGGUGAACAAGUAUAAUACGAUCAUCCGAAUUUUUUCGAGUAAGCAAAAAAACAGAAAGAAAGAUGAAUCGUCGAUGCAUCUGAGAUAAAAAUAUCCGCUAAUUUUGCUAAGUGUAUACACGGUUUUCCGAUUUGUUUUUUUUUUUUCGAAAUCCUUUUCUUGCGUUUUUGUGCUACACACACACACAAACACACACACACACACACGCACGCACACGAGAUAUUAUUACCAUCCACCCUGACUUUCGAACGCUGCAUGCUUAUCAUGUAAGUUCGUUCCCCUCGAAAUUGAUUAAUUUAAGGUCUUCGAACGUACGUGUAUGUAAUAACGCAGUGUUUCAUGUAGCGAAAUGCUUUCUAUCGCGCGAUACCUAAGAACUAACAUUUUAACAAGAAUAAACGUGUAUUUUUAUCGAAAAACUGUAGCACACUGCUCUGUACAGACGCAUAUAUAUAAUCCUAAGAAAACCACGCAGAUACACGUACACACAGAGAAAUACAUACAGACUUUAAUCGCCUAAAGCUUCUUCAACGCGUAGUUUACGAUACCGAGAACAAGCAAUUCGAAUCAGUUCCGACGCAAUCACGAGGGCAUACUCCGUUAUUUUUCACUAUCCGAAAGGGAAACGUACGGGGCUGUUGCAUUCUCGAGGAACAGAAGCGCGAUGCAAUGACUAUUAUGUACGGAGUUUAUUUAUUCGAACUACUCUAUUCGGUCUAACUAAAACGUAUUCUAUAAGGACACGUAAUUAAUAAUAACUAUAGUAAUAAUAACAAUAAUAAUAAUCUCAAUACAUGCGAAAGAAUGUUUCUAAACAUACAAAUACUG